AUGCCUCAAUUUGUCCGCCAUCUUGGAAUAUAUGUGAAAGGAUAUUAUGCCACUAGGAUAACCCGUUAUCCGAACUCUGUUGCCACUUUCAAUCAAGAUCGUUUGGCUACUACUGGUGAUAUCAGCCUAAAUCCUGGCCCUGACCGAAUUGUUUCAGACAAUGGUAAAAAACCAGUGUGGAAGUUUCCAUGUGCUGUCUGUGAUAAGCCAGUGCGUUGUAAUCAGAAGGGAAUUCUUUGCAAUGGUUGUGACAGUUGGCAUCACAUUAAGUGCAUUGAUAUGGAUAUCGAGACUUAUGUCGCUCUGAGUUACUCUCAAGAUCAAUGGUUUUGUAAAGCCAACAGUUGUAACUGGCCUUUUGAUUUCUCUGACUCGUUUUUCGAGUCUUCGUUCUCUUCUGAUACAGUUCAGAUUUCAACACCUGCUCAUAAUGAUUCAAGUGUCACCCCUACUCUGCGGCAUAACGAUCAACUGGAGAAUCAAAGGAAUAUCUGUAAUGAUAUCCUGUUAUGUCACCUGAAUAUAAACAGCAUACAAAACAAAUUUGAGGAGCUUGUCGCUUUAAUCAGGAAACUAAAAAUUCAUAUAAUAUUUAUCAGCAAAACAAAAAUUGAUUCCACAUAUCCUGAUAGCCAAUUUGCCAUUCCUGGCUAUACCUUAUACUGUAAUGACAGAAAAAAAGGAGGUGGAGGCAUCCUGGUUUAUAUAUCCACACUACUGCCUUGUAGAAGGCUUAAGAUUACCAGGACCUAUAAGACACUGGAAUCCCUCGCAGUUGAGAUUUGGCUUGGCACAUUUGAAAUGAUCAUUAUUGGCAUCUACUGUCCACCCAAAUCGGUAUCUGGUGAUUAUCAACAACAACUAGAAGGGGAACUUAAUGGUAUUUGCACCUGGGCCUCUUUACGGAGAAACUUUGUCACUGUCAUUGGUGAUAUUAAUCUUGAUAGACUUAGACCAGAUAAAAGUGAAGGGAAAUUACUCUUAGAUUUGGAAGUGGAACAAGAACUCACAUGUCUUAUUGAUAAACCAACACGCAUGGAGAAGAAAAGAAAACUUCAACAACACCCAAACAAAGUGAUUACUUCUAGAAGCUACAAAAACUUUGAUUAUGAAAAGUUUACCCAGGACCUUUCUGUAGCUCAUUGGCAUGUGGGAGAAGUGUUCAACGAUUUGGAAGAUCACGUGUAUUAUUGGAACACUUUGAUGGCUAACAUUAUUGAUGAGAAUCUUCCAUUGAAAAAGAUGAGGGUAAGAGCUAAAGAUGUACCUUAUAUGACGACAAAUUGGAAACAUGCUAUUAGGGCUAAGAGGAGGGCAUUAGCAACCUAUCAAAAUGACAAAUCUGAUUCCAACUGGGAUGCACGGCAUAUAUGGCGUAAUGAAGCCACGCGACAUAGGAGAAUAGCAAUCAAGUCUUAUUGGAAGAAUGGCAUCGGUGGAGAUAAUAUUGAAAAUUUAACAGAAAGUGAUUUCAACAACCAUCCAAGUGUCUUAAAAAUAGCACAGCGCUUGACUCAACGUGAUGCUAUAAAACUAAACCCCCUUCACAAAGUGCAAGUUCAAGAAGCAAUGGAGUCCUUAAAAGUCAAGAAAGCAUCUGGCUGUGACUCCAUUCCUCCGUUUAAUUUAAAAGUUGGCGCAGAGGCAAUUGCUAUCCCUCUCACUACGUUAUUUAACAGAUGCAUAAUGGAGAGUAAAUGGCCACAGUCAUGGAAAAAGGGGGAAAGGGUUCCAGUCUUUAAAAGUGAUGACCCCCUACUAAAGGAGAACUAUAGACCUGCCACUGUUCUCCCAGCUGCAGAUAAGGUCUUUGAGCAGAUUGUAGCUAAGCAACUUGUGGGGAUGUUCGAUCACCGUCUUGGGCAAGCCCUGUCGGCCUAUCAGAAGACUCACAGCUGUGAGACUACUCUUAUUAAUCUUUUCGAGAACUGGAGACAUGCUAGGGACAAUAAGCACCUAUUAGGAAUCUUAUCAACAGAUAUGUGA